AUGACAGCAAAGGUGAUCUUCGUGGGUGAGGAGGCGGUCGACGCUGGAGGAGUGAGGAAAGAGUUCUUCUUGUUGAUUAUGAAGGAACUUUUGGACCCUAAAUACGGCAUGUUCAGAUACUUCGAGGACUCGCGGCUCAUAUGGUUUUCACACAAGACCUUUGAGGACAUAGAUUUGUUUAACCUGAUCGGGGUCAUCUGCGGUUUGGCCAUUUAUAACCUGACAAUAGUUGAGUUGAACUUCCCUGUGGCACUGUACAAGAAACUACUGAAGAAGAAACCAACGCUGGAGGACCUUAAAGAGUUAAUGCCUGACGUGGGAAGGAGUCUACAGCACCUCCUGGACUACACAGAGGAUGAUCUGGAGGAGACCUUCUGCUUAAACUUCACAAUCACAGAGGAACACUUUGGUGCGACUGAAGUCUUGGAGUUGGUGCCGAACGGAGAAGACAUCAACGUCACCAAAUCAAACAGGCAGGAGUUUGUGGACGCAUAUGUAGACUACGUGUUCAACAGAGCAGUGGCGCCUCUGUUUGAGUGUUUUUACGCUGGAUUUCACAAAGUCUGUGGAGGAAAAGUCCUGGAACUUUUUCAACCCAACGAACUGCAGGCAAUGGUCAUCGGCAACACCAACUAUGACUGGACUGAACUAGAGAAGACGACAGAAUAUAAAGGGGAGUACUGGGCUGAACACCCGACUAUACGCCUGUUUUGGGAGGCAUUUCAUGAACUUCCUUUAGAGAAGAAAAAACAGUUUCUAUUGUUCCUCACAGGAAGCGACCGUAUCCCUAUUCUGGGCAUGAAGAGUUUGAAGUUGGUGAUCCAGCCGACGGGAGGGGGCGAGCACUACCUCCCCGUGGCCCACACCUGUUUUAACCUGCUAGACCUGCCUAAGUACACCGACCUGGACACGCUCCGCUCCAAACUACUGCAGGCUAUCGACCAAAACCAGGGCUUCAACCUCGCAUAAAAAGACUGUUCAGAAAUAUAAAGGGCCAUGCACAGCUCCCAGUCUGACAAAGGGAUAUGUUAAUAAAAAAAUCUGAUGGUUAGACUUGAAAUCAUCUUUGUUUUGAGUUUCUUCCAUCUGCGCUGUGAUGCUCUGAAGAAGCCCUAUUUGAUAAGGCUGUUGUAAAUAAGCUUUUAUUGGUUUGGAUGUGAUCUGAAUGACAAGCAGCACUACUGCUAUAAAAAUGGUAUGUAGACAACAGCAUUAAUACCUGUAAAACAUGUGAAAAGUUUUAGAUUGGGAUUAAAAUAUUACUUUAGUGGAGUGGUUGAAUAUUGGACAAAUGUACCAGAGGAAAUGUAUUUACAGCUGUUAAUGGUGGUGUGUAGCAUCCAGUGUUUGAAAAUGUAAUCUUAUACUUUAUGUUCGGCAUAAAUUCUGUUUUCAAGAUAA